AUCAGCACACACUGAAACAAGUGAUGUGUUCAACACAACAGUGAUUUUAACAACACCGUGGUGGUGGUCAAAUUCUUCUAAUUAAAACUUUAACAAACUCUUAUUAGCUCAUUUUUUUUCUAUUGACAAAGAAGCAAAAACAAAAAUAACAUGGUGUUAAUAUCCAAUAUGCAGCAACGGUGGUGAUCAACCUCCUGGAUUGUUUUUGACGAAAAAAUAGUUUUUUGAUUAAACUUUAAUCAGUUUUUUCACGUGAUUAAAAAAAAAAGAUUGUUUUUGAUCGAUCGGAAGAAGGCGAAUUGUUGUGUAAAGUCACGCUAUUUGUGUUUUUGAAAAACCUUACUUAAAAGCAAUGAUAACAAAAAAGAUUAUAGAUAAUAUUUGCUUGAAGAUUUAUGUAUAAAAAUGGAGACAUCAGCAUUCUUAGAAGUGCUAAAUGAAUAUGUGUCACAAAAUGAUGAUUUUCAUCUUGAUUCUUCGAGAAGAAAAUUCCAGCCAACUUCCAUGAAUCCUGAAAACCUUACUGCAAGGCAUUUCUCUAACAUGACAGAUAAAGAAAUGCUUAAUUAUUUUAUUCCUGUUAAAGGAAUUGAUUAUGAUCAAAAUUGCUUUGACUUUGAUGAAUGCUUAAAAAAAGAAUCAAAUAACUUUUCAGAUUUUGAAUGUGCAGAUAAGCUUAUGCUGCACAAAGCCAUGCCAGAAUUAAACCCAUUGUACAAGUAUAACUCUGGUUUUAAAGCAGCAUUUCCAUUUUCAUGUGAAUCUUACUCAAUUUGUUCGGAUGAUGAUGAUGAAGACCAGUCAAAUGCUACAGAAGAAAAGAAGAAUCAAGAUAGUUCUACUAAGUUAGAAAAAUCAUGUUCUGAUGUUAAAGCUCCACGGGUUAUUAAAAAGCGUAAACCUCGAACCUAUAAAUAUAAUCCAAAACCACUUCUUCAUAAAGAUUCUCGCUCAUUUGUGCCUGAUAAUCUAAAAGAUAUAGAGUAUUGGGAGCGCCGUAAGCGUAAUAAUGAGGCAGCGAAAAAAUCCAGAGAGGAGCGACGUAAAAAAGAGCUUGAAAUACUUGCUAACUAUGAUAAUAUGAAAAAAGAGUGCGCAGAUAUAAAAGUUGAAAAUGUCAAAUUGAAAGCUUAUACAAAGUUUCUUGAGCAGCAAGUUGAUGACUUGAAGAAAAAACUUAAAUAUGGAGGAAAUAAUCCAAAGUAAAUAUGAAUUCAAAACACAUUUCUUUAUUAUAUAUUUUAUGGUGAAGAAAUGAUUUAUUUUGCAUCAUUUGGUUUGUUUAUUGUUGAAUCAGCAAAUUAUAUAUUGUAUGUAAAUAACUUUUUUUUUUUUUAAAGUGUAAACCAUUAAUUCGUUGCAGAUUAAAAAAACAUCUGGAAA